AUGCCGUACGUCAAGAAGGCCGAAUGGGUGCGCCGACUCCAGGAUUUGGGAGAGGCGGUGUCCGACGGCAUGACCGUGAUCCAGUUGCAGGCCCGCUACAUGGAGUUGACAAAAGGUUCGGAAACAAUCUGGAGAGCGGGCAUGAAAGUCUCGAGCCAGAAGAUGGGCCCCAAGGAGCCACCAAUCAAGAAGGACAAAAGUGUGACUCCCAGCGAGAGCGGCAGCCAUUUCUCUCUGGUGGAAGGUCCGGCCGUCCGGCCUCAUCCUCAGCGAGGAGCCGAGAUGGCAAAGAUGAAGAGCGAGAUGGCCGAGUUGAAGGAGAUGAUCGUGUACAUGGCCCACCAGCUGGGCCACAACAAGGCACCAUUGUGCACUUGGAACUCAGUGAACGAUGCGAAGCUUGGAAGCUUCCGCUUUUACAAGAAGUGGUCCAGCAUCUUGGCCUCUCGAAAGUCACCACUCAUGGUUGCUGUGUUGGCCUUCGCACUCUUGAUAAGACUCGGCAGGACUCGGAAACGGCGGCGGUUGGAGAAGAAGCAGCGAGGGCCGGCGACUUUACACACUCUCCCACGGAAGUGGGAGCAUCUCCAAGUGGACAUGGGUGAUUGGGACCAUCCGAUUCAUAAGGUGAAGCACAGGUUCGUCAUGAUGAUUGAUGAGGGUAGUAAGUUCAGGGCCGGGGUUGUGUUGAAGGGUAAUCCUAGGCGGGCUGGUUCUUGGGAAGAUUUGCGCACCACUUACGAACAAAUUUGGUUACCAGUUCACGGCACUCCCGCCGUGGUCCGAGUGGAUCCAGCAGGACCAUGGAAGAAUGCCCAGGCGGAUCAAUACUUCGCGGAACGUGGUGUGGACUUACAGCCCAUCCCAGCUGAAGCUCAUUGGCAAAUCGGGUCAGCCGAAAAUGCCAUCAAAAGCAUAAAGGCGGUAAUGACCGCCAUUGUUGAGGAGUUCCCUGAGAUGACCAUCGAUGAAGUGUUUGGCCGUAGCAUUUGGGUUUGUAACGCUAAGGACUUGUGCCGUGGUUUCUCUCCUCUCCAACAUGCCUCUGGCAGAACCCCCGACGAAGACAUGAGGCUGUUUGAAACCACGGAAGAGAAGCCGAUCAAUGGCGACAUCUAUGAGGAUGGCGGCUUUGGUCAAAACAUUCGAGCAAUGUGUUUGGCUGAGAAGGCCUUUGCGGAGGAACAGGCCAAGCAAAGGCUCCUUCGCGCGCAAAUAGUAGGGCAAAGGAAGGUGAGGGUGUUCCAUCCCGGUGAUCUUGUUUUCUAUUGGCGGCGGCAACAAGCAGGGCGAGACCGCCAGAAUUUUCCCAAAGGAAGAUACCUUGGUCCGGCUCGCGUGAUCGCCGCUGAAACAAGGCAGGAGGAAAAUCAGCUGGGCCCGGUUGAGCUCCCAUGGACCAUCACCAAGUUGGCGACCGAUCCUCGACGCCGCACCUAUGUCGACUUGCUUCCUGAAGGCAAUCCCCAAAACAUGGAGUUAGAGGAUCCAGUGGAUGAACCACCUGCAAGGGAGCUCCCUGCUCCUACCAGGCGUGUGCCAACAAAGAGGCUCCAGGUUCCUCGUGGCGCACCUCGCAGUGGCAGGGAGGAAGCACCUCUACCUCCCGAUGAAGACCUACAGGCCCUCUUUGCAGAGCAGUCCGAGUUCUCAGCGGUCGAGAUCAGCUUAGAACUGCCUACUUCUCACAGAGGCAUUAAGAAGUUCGCUCAGAAUCCGGUGGCCUUCUUCGCGCAGAAGCUGAAGCGCAAGCAAGUUGAAGUUCAUGAGCGACAGCUGUUGCCCGAUGAGAAAGCUCAGUUCAACAAAGCAAAAGGGACGGAAGACUUUGUGGCGGCAGAGUGCUUCAAAGCUUGGCAGGGUCGUGAAAUCUCAGAGCAUGAAAUUCUGGGUAUGAGAUGGCUCUUAUCUUGGAAAUACCCAGAUCCUCACUCAUCUGAGCGGAAGGCAAAAGCCCGAGCCAUUAUACUGGGCUACCAAGACCCUCGAUAUCCUUUGCGUGAGACAUCAGCACCAACACCUUCCAAGGCAGGUCGCCAAUUGUUCUUCCAAUUCUGCGCCUCACGCAGAUUCCGGGUGCAGAAGGGGGACAUCUCCGGAGCCUUCUUACAGGGUGACAACCUGGAGGAGGAGCUGUGGUGCAGACCGUUACCUGAAAUCUGUCAUGAGCUUGGGGUGCCCGAGGGCACACCCAUGCUCAUGCAGAAAGUAACUCAGAAGGAGGAUUUCAGCAUUGAGCUUGGUCAGGAACACAGCAUCACCGAAAUCACCGAGAUUGUCAUCUCCCGUGAUCGUAGUAGGCACCCUGAUCUUCCCACAACCGAGCAUGAAAAGAGUGAACUUCGUGGAGUUUUGGGUAGCCUUUCGUGGAUUUGCGGCCAGACCAAUUUCAUGCGCUCCGUUGAUGUGAAUUUCCUCAUCACCAAAGUCCCGAACAGCACGGUCCAGGAGAUUUUGGAGGUGAACAAGUUGGUGCGGGCCAUACAGAAAUGGAAGCACCAUCGCUUAAAAAUCCAUAGCUUUGAAAAGGAUGCGGUCUUGGAGAUGACUUGCUGGUCAGACGCCGGAUGGGCAAACCGCCCGAACGGCAAGGACAGCACAGAGGGCAUAUUCGUAAGCAUGUCCACAAGCAAGUUGCGUGAAGGUCAUGAGACCGGUGUGACACCCAUCUCUUGGCGAUCAGGCAAACUUGAACGAGUUUGUCGUUCCCCAGCAGCGGCAGAGACCAUUGCGGCCCGCGAUGGAGAGGAUGAGCUCUUCUUUCUUCGAGUCUUGUGGGGCGAGAUGAGAGGAUACCCUCUGGAACUCAGACGUCCAGAGAUCACUGUGGCUAAGACUCCCGGUCAUUUGAUCACCGAUGCAAAGAACUUGUUCGACAAGCUACAUGCCCCAAUUCUCACUAUCAAAGGGGCUGAAAAGCGCAGUGACAUCGAAGCUCUGUCCCUUCGCGAGCACCUUGAGAAGGGGGAGACCACCAUCAGCUGGGUUCAUGGGGAUGCCAUGCUGGCGAACAGUUUGACUAAACCCCAUGAAAAACACCAGGUUCUGUUGUUUGUGCAGAUGGGUCAUCGCUGGAAGGUGGUGUACGAUGAGAACAUGAAGUCCGCACGAGCCCGUAAGAAGGAAGGACUCUCAGCCAUGGAUAGCGAGGACAAGCCCAAUCACGAGUACAAUCACAGCGUCUACCAGAG